CCCCCGCUGCCGCGGGGUACCUCGAAGAUGAUGUUGGCGGAGCAAGCCCAGAAGUGGUUCCCCACUCACGUGCAAGUCACCGUCCUUCAGGCCAAAGGGCUGAAGCCCAAAGGCAAAAGCGGCACCAACGACGCUUACACCAUCAUUCAGCUGGGCAAGGAGAAGUACUCCACCUCGGUAGCUGAGAAGACCCUGGAUCCGGUGUGGAAAGAAGAGGCCUCGUUUGAGCUCCCUGGACUGCUGACCCAGGAGAAUCCAGAAAAAUAUGUCCUGUACCUGGUUGUCAUGCACAGGUCAUUGGUGGGGCUGGAUAAAUUUUUGGGACAGGUGGCGGUAAAUCUGAAUGAUAUAUUUGAGGACAAGCAAAGAAGGAAAACAGAGUGGUUUAGCCUAGAGUCCAAACAAGGAAAGAGAACGAAAGACAGAGGAGAAAUAAAGGUCAAUAUUCAGUUUAUGAGGAAUAACAUGACAGCAAGUAUGUUUGAUUUGUCAAUGAAGGACAAAACCAAAUCUCCUUUUGCUAAACUAAAAGACAAAAUGAAGGGUCGAAAAAAUGAUGGGACGUUUUCAGAUACAUCUUCUGCGAUCAUUCCAAGCACUCACCUACCUGAUGCAAGCAUAGAGGUAUACAGUAGUGAAGUACAAGUGAAAUCAAAACCAAAAAAACCUUUCCUUCUGGGACCUCAGCGACUAUCUUCAGCUCACUCGAUGUCAGAUUUAACAGGAUCACAUGUCUCUUCAGAAAAAGCGAAAUCCAGCACAAUUGGCUACUCUCAUCUUUUCAGGCGUCAGCUAGAGUCUUUUGGUUCAAUUGAUGAGGGUGGGAGUCUAAAAUCUCCACAUAGAAGGACAUUAAGUGUUGAUACUUCUAAAACGAACCAGCUUGACAGCACAGUUGAUGAAACUGCCUUUGAAGCACAAAACGACCCAUUUACCAAUGUGAGUGCUUCGUUACCCCAAAAAUUUGCAACGCUGCCAAGACAGAAGAAUCCAUUUGAAGAAAGCCCAGCGACAUGGGAUCAAAACAUAAGUCUGUUUUCCAAACCUGUUGAAAUCAAAAAAGAAAUUAAAAAAGAGAAAAAAGAGAAAGUUAGCCUUUUUGAAAGAGUGACUGGAAAAAAGGAUAGCAAGAGAUCAGAUAAACUUAGCAACGGGGGAUCAGACAGUUCUACUGAUUUGAAAUCACCUAGUGCAUUUGGUGAAACUCAUCAGGAGAGUUUUGAUUAUGAUUCAACUAAUCCGUUUAUAACAAACUUCAAGCCUACGAGCAUGUUGCCAUCUUCAAGUUAUAAUAUGAAUCCUUCUGGCAUUGAGGACCUCAGGAAAACAAUGGAUGGAAAUCCUUUUGAUGCCACUGCAGGAUACCGUAAUCUUACUUAUGAAGAGGUUUUGCAGGAGCUGGUGAAACAUAAAGAACAACUUAAGAAGAAGGACAUCCAUAUUCGUGAACUUGAGGAUUACAUUGAUAAUCUUCUUGUACGAGUAAUGGAAGAAACGCCUAGUAUUCUCAGAGUGCCAUAUGAACCUUCUCGAAAAGCUGGCAAAUUUUCCAAAAGCUAAGAUGAUACUUGAUGGUACUUUCUGCUGAAUCUGUUUGUGGAAGGAAAUCAUACUUAAACAUUCUGACUUCUUUUCAUUCCUUUUUUCCUAAGAAAUUCCUAAGGAAUCGAGAGGAGGCAUCUGCAGUUUAGGUUUUUCAUUUGUUUUUUACUCCAAACAUUAGCAGGGGAUGCCGAAAGUAGUAUUCGGUUAUGUUAGCUAAACAGCUUUUUAAAUGAACAAUGAUAUAAUGAUCUAUGUUAGGUGAACAGUGAAUCUCUCUCUCUCUCUCUCUCUCUCUCUCUCUCUCUCUCUCUCUCUCUCUCUCUUUUUUUUUUGAAAACACCUUUAGCUACAGUGUUACUUGCAGUGUAAAUAAUGCACAUUAAAUAUGUCCAGUUUUAUACGGUAGCUUAAUUUUCACCAUCUGGCAGUUUCAACUGGAAUAGCGCGUGCUAUUUUGAAUGUUUUCUUGACUGAUUAUUGGUAUUAUGUAAAUUUUUUUCGUUUUGGUAUUACAGCAUGCCUUCAAAACCACUGUUUUCGAGCCAGUAUAACAUGCUUUGCUAAAUCUAAGUGUGGCUUAUUGUAGUGGAAUGUGGUUUGUUUUACACAUACUAGACGGAAACAGUGAUGCACAAUCUUUACAAAGAGUAAAUGCUGUAUCUUAUACAAUGUGCUUUUUGUACGACAGUAUAAAACAUAUCAAGCCAUUUCAGUAACGCACAUGCUCGAAUCAGUUAUUUUACAAUUAAAUUCUGAAUUUUAUGUAUAAUGAUUGAACUUUGAUAGGGAGCUCAUAGGGUUAUUUUGAGGAUCAUUUUGUAGAAUGUUAUCGCAUGCCUUUUUAUAUGUUAAAGUACUUCAAACAGUCUUAAUAGUCGGAAGUAGGACUGGAGGAAAGUAUGGAAUAAAGAAAUGAGUACUUUGUUCAGUCAAAAUCUAGUACAGUAGAAAUAUAGGAGAAAUGAAUAGACUGAGUUAAAUAGACAUCAUAAUUCUGAAAAUAUAAAAGUGAGUCAAUUUAAGCUUGAAUUUUAAAUGAUAUAUAUCUGUCUUAGGUUUCCUAAAUCUUAUGACAACAAAGUAUAUGACUUUAGAAAUAGACUAUGUUGCUUAAACACAUCCAGAGUACUUAGAAAGGCUUAUCAUUUAAAAGAAAAGAUCUGUAUUCUUUGUAAGUACUUUUAAAAGUUGGUUUUCACUAAGGUAAAUGAAAGAUGAAUAUAAUAAGAAUCUUCCCAAUUAUUUAAUAAUUGUUUAUAAGAUGACAUAUGAAAAAGGUAUCUCCUAUUCAGUAAAUUUGCAAAAUAGAGUGCUGAACACACAACAGGAAAAUGCUGUAGUAGACUAAUCCUCACAAUAUUAACAUAAGUAGAUUUUAAUUUUAUUUAUAUGGGUCUCAGUUGGAUUGUCUGUUGCUCCAGAGCAGUAAAAAGAUAUAAAAAUGUGUACGGGAGAAUAUUCUAGAUUUAGAUAUAAGAAGAUUGACUGUCUUUUCCUCGUCCUUCUCUUUUCUUCCACAUGAUCUAUUUUUUUCUUACAUCAUCAUAUAAUGGCUGUUGCUGAGGAAGAAAAAAGG